AUGCCACCACACCGGGGACCAUUCCCUAUCCCUGGCAGAACCUAUUCCCUAUCCCUGGCAGAACCUAUUCCCUAUCCCUGGCAGAACCUAUUCCCUAUCCCUGGCAGAACCCAUUCCCUAUCCCUGGCAGAACCUAUUCCCUAUCCCUGGCAGAACCUAUUCCCUAUCCCUGGCAGAACCUAUUCCCUAUCCCUGGCAGAACCUAUUCCCUAUCCCUGGCAGAACCUAUUCCCUAUCCCUGGCAGAACCUAUUCCCUAUCCCUGGCAGAACCCAUUCCCUAUCCCUGGCAGAACCUAUUCCCUAUCCCUGGCAGAACCCAUUCCCUAUCCCUGGCAGAACCUAUUCCCUAUCCCUGGCAGAACCUAUUCCCUAUCCCUGGCAGAACCCAUUCCCUAUCCCUGGCAGAACCUAUUCCCUAUCCCUGGCAGAACCUAUUCCCUAUCCCUGGCAGAACCUAUUCCCUAUCCCUGGCAGAACCUAUUCCCUAUCCCUGGCAGAACCUAUUCCCGAUCCCUGGCAGAACCUAUUCCCUAUCCCUGGCAGAACCUAUUCCCUAUCCCUGGCAGAACCCAUUCCCUAUCCCUGGCAGAACCUAUUCCCUAUCCCUGGCAGAACCUAUUCCCUAUCCCUGGCAGAACCCAUUCCUUAUCCCUGGCAGAACCUAUUCCCUAUUCCUGGCAGAACCCAUUCCCUAUCCCUGGCAGAACCUAUUUCCUAUCCCCGGUACACCAGCCAGAAUAGUUUAG